AUGCCUCCAUUCCAGGGCCGGAGGAUGUCUACGGUAAGUCGGACGAGUCAGACUCAAGGUGCUGACAAGACUGAGCCCUACGCCAUGCGGGUCCAAGGAACCGCAGGGUAUUGGGUCCCGGAAGGCUACCUGGAAAUAUCUUAUAUAUGCGUAUCCUACCGUAUUCCCAGAACAGCUGCUUAG